AUGGACUGGGAGACUGGGAAAGGGUUAAAGGGAUUUGGGUACUGGUUUGGGGUUGGGGCCUCCCCGUGGCCGUCGCCCCGCGGCUCCCCGCGCUGGCAGGCGGCCGUGGCGCCGGCGCUGGUGCGGAACGGGGUCCGGCUGCGCGGGAACCGCCUGGUGGUGCCGCGGGACGGGCUCUACUUCGUGUACGCCUCGGCCGCCUUCGCGGGCGGGCGCUGCGGGCGCGGGGGCGCCCCCGGCCCGCUGCGCCUGGCGGUGUCGCGGCUGUCGCGCGAGUACCCGCGGGACGUGCCGCUGCUGCGCGCCGCGCGCUCCGUGUGCCCCGCGGGCGCGCUCGGGGGGCUCUGGGCAGAGACCCUGUACCAGGGCGCCGUGUUCCAGCUGCGCCGCGGAGACCGCCUGGCCGCCACCGCCUCGGCCGGCCGCUUCCUGGACCUGCACGGCGCCGGGCAGGCCUAUUUCGGGGUGCUGGGCGUCGAUUAG